AUGCCGUCGCCCUAUCCACAUCGUGUGAUACCCAAAGGAGGCAAUGCCCACUGGCUCGGCUUCACCGCACACUCUCUUUCUCUCUUCGGCCCACUUUAUUCUCUAAAUCGCUCUCUUGAUGCCAACCUUGCGCUGCAGCAUUCAACCGACUCUGGCUGCUCUCGGCCCAAUCAGAACGAGGCGAGUCUCGCCUCGACUCCAUCUGUCCCAUCUAUCGACCUCCUCCAGCCCACCCCACAGCAUGCAUCGUCAGUCUGGCGCUCU